AUGGUAAUUCAUUUAGUUAAUUUUGGGAUUCAAAGGGAAUAUAUUCUGUAAUUGGUAAAUUUUUUUGUUUUUCCUCAACUCUAAUACUUCCAACUCAUAUAUCUGAAAGAAUUACUUUUGACAAUUGGUAGUAAUUUAAUUAUUUAAAUUUGAUAGGAUGGAUAGUGCGCUUAUCAAAUAUUCAAUUGACAACUAAACUAUAGUAUCAUACUUGGGUGACCAAGGUUAAAAUAAUUGUGAUUCUUCUAGAUAAGAUUAUAGACAAUAUAUACACCAAAAAAUUACACUUUCAUCUCUUAUUUUGUUUAUGA